AAGUUAAAAGGUGUGGUGGAAAACGAAAACGCAACCUUUAGCAGCAGGGAGAUAUAUAUAGGGUGUUUUCUGCUCUUGGGAGUCAUUUAGGUGCUGUCCUGGCCUGAAGACUAGACUGUUUACACUCGUGCGCUCUGAUCCAACUGCGUAAAGUACUAAAGUAUGGAUUCUAACACGGACGCGGUGGGGAAACGUCUCAUUGAAACGUUCAGACAGCGACUGAAAAAACUCAUCAAAGUAGACCAGGUCGUCCAUCAUAUUCACUUUCUAACUCCGGAGCAAAAAGACCUGAUACUGCACGGACAUGGAGAAUACGCGGCUGCGGAUAUGCUGAUAAGUGAGGUUCUGAAGGCCCACGAGCCGGGUUGGUUCCGUAUGUUCCUCGACGCACUGAGCCACGGGGGAUGUGAACGAGCGGCUCAGUACGCAGAGGGCCAGCUCCCCAGCGCGGAAGACGAGGCAAACAAUGACCAACACGUCGGGCUCAUCCAGAUCCUCUUCCCCAGUCUGCUCGGCAAGAUGGAGCCCGACACCGUGUGCGUGGAGUGUUACGCGUCUAACCUCAUCACGGACGCAGAUAGGGACAUCAUUAAUGCACAGAAUGAACCAAGGAAAAAAGCGUCAGAACUUCUGGGGAGAAUCAUCAAGGGUCCUGAAGGAUGGUUCUCCACGUUCCUUGAUGUCCUUCGUAAAACAGAACACAAUGAGUUGUACAAGCUCCUCUCAGGGCAGUCUCCAGACGAACACGAUGCUGAGAAGGAGCCCUCACACAGAGAUGAGCCCACAGGAAAUGAAUGUCCCGCUCCAAGUCCAGCCAAAGAUGCAGACUCAGCUCAAGAUAAUUCUGUGGCCAACCCCCCGUCUGAAGAAUCAACAGAUUUGUACCAAGCUGAAAAUGCUGAAACGAAGCAACCCUCAAGCGGAAAACCUCCCAAAGUAGGAGAUGAGGGUGACUCAAGAGCAGAGGCUGCUGAAUCACAGAAUAAUAACAUCGUUCUUCGGGAUUACCAGAUGGAAGUGGCCGAGCCUGCUCUGGAGGGGAAAAACAUCAUCAUAUGUCUCCCCACGGGCAGCGGGAAAACCAGAGUGGCCGUGUACAUCACCAAAGAACAUUUGGACCAGAGGAAGAGGCAAAAACUCCCAGCCAAAGUCAUAGUCCUGGUCAAUAAGGUGCCUUUGGUUGAGCAGCUCUAUUCAGCCGAGUUCCUGAAAUUCCUGAAGCCUCCAUACAAAGUGGAGCGAGUCAGCGGAAACUCCGAGCUCAAGAUCUCUUUCCCAGAGAUCGUGAAGAGGAGCGACGUGGUGGUGUGUACGGCUCAGAUCCUCGAGAACGCCUUAGAGAGGGACGUGAGCGGAGAGGACGAGGGAGUGAAUUUAAGCGACCUGUCGCUGAUCGUGAUAGAUGAGUGUCACCACACACAGAAAGGAGGCGUGUACAACCACAUCAUGACGCGCUUCCUGGCCCAAAAGCACAAGAACAAGAAGCUGGAGAAGGAGCACAAGAAGCCCAAGCCCCUCCCUCAGAUUCUGGGCCUGACCGCUUCACCGGGAGUGGGCGGGGCUACCAAGAUGUCCAAGACCGAGGAGCACAUUCUGAGAAUCUGUGCUAAUUUGGACGCCUCCACCAUCACGACCGCUGAUCUGGGCGCGCACAGAAAAGAAUCAGAAAAAAAAGUCGAAUCCAUUGAAGCCCGAAAGGCGGAUCCUUUUGGUGACGUCAUCAAGAAAAUAAUGAGCCAGAUCCAUGAACACGCCGAACUGUACCCUGCACACGAAUGCGGAACUCAGACGUACGAGCAGUGGGUGGUUCAGACAGAGAGAGAUGCGGUGAAAGAAGGUAACGAGAAGCUGCGUGACUGUGCGGAGCACCUGAAGCAGUACAACACCGGGCUGCAGAUGAGCAACACCAUCAGAAUGUGUGACGCCUUCAGUUUCCUCAACUCCUUUUACGAAGACGAGAGGAAAAAGAAGACAUCUCCAGACGGGGAGGAAAUCAACACCACUGACACUGAGAAAUUCCUCUUUGCACUGUUUGAAGGUAACAAAGGCAAGCUGAUGGAGCACGCUAAAAAUCCUGAGUACGAGAAUGCCAGUCUGUCCAAGCUCCGGACCACAAUCCUCCAGGAGUUCAGCCGCAGAGACAACGCCAGAGGGAUCAUCUUCACCAAGACACGUCGCAGUGCUAUAGCCCUCGUCCAGUGGGUCCAGGACAACCCCAAGUUUGGUGAUCUGAUCGUGAAUGCAGCCUAUCUCAUCGGUGGAGGAGACCAGAGUGACGUGAAGCCUAUGACAUCUGCAGAGCAAAAGGAUGUGUUGAAGAAGUUUGGCAACGGUGAGAUCAAUUUGCUGAUAGCUACAACUGUGGCGGAAGAAGGCUUGGACAUCCCAAAGUGUAACUUUGUCAUUCGAUAUGGCCUUGUCACCAACGAGAUCUCAAUGAUUCAGGCCCGUGGACGAGGAAGAGCAGAGGACAGCACCUACACGCUGGUCGAGAUCGAAGGUUCCAACGUGGCCGAAAAAGAAACAGUCAAUGAAUAUCGUAUCAACAUGAUGAACAAAGCCAUCACAAAGAUAAGAGGCAUGAACCCCAACGACUACGAAAAACGGAUACUGGAGUUCCAGAUUCAGGCCAUAAUGGAGGAAAGACUGAGAGUGAAGAAGAGUAAACAAAAAAACAUCAGCAACUGCAGCCCCUCCGAACUCAAGUUAGCCUGUCGAAAAUGUAACACCGCUGCCUGCACCGGAGAUGACAUCGAAAUCAUUGAAAACAUGCACCGAGUCAAUCUUUCAACAGAAUUUAGUAAACUUUUCAUGGUUAAAGAAAACAACACCCUUCGAGAGAGGCAUCUGGAUUAUGAGACCAAUGGUUCGAUUGCUUGCCAUGAAUGUGGAAGUCUGUGGGGUUCGAUGAUGCACUACCGGGGGAUCGACUGUCCCUGUCUCCACGUGAAGAACUUCGCGGUGACACUCAACGGGAUGAAGAUCAGCAAGUGCGCAAAGUGGAGUGAGCUACCUGUGAAGUUCCGCGCUUUCGACUACGCUCUGUAUGCUUCUCAGUUAGCCUCAGAUGAAGAGGAGGAAGAGGAGGAUGAGGACGAGGAAGAAGAAGAGAUUGACUAAUGCUGACAGUUAGAUCAUGCAAUGUCAGACUUUACGACUUUGAAAAUAGAAAGAGAAUCAUAUUUUUCAACAAUGAUCUAACUCACGCUGCAUGAAACCGAUGCUGGAUGCAAAUUAAAGGUACAUUGCGCAACUUUUCUGGUGGAGGAUCCGUCAAAUGCUUUUCUUUAUGAAGAUGUUACUGCUUUGUCUGGGAUGUUUCACAGCAGGGGCGGCGCUACCAUUAGGCAAAGUUGGCAGCUGCCUUAGGGCCCCCAAAUCUAGAGGGGCCCCCAACCAAUUUCCCUCAGUGCCACUAAAAACCAUAAGAAAAAUAAUAAUAAUCACAGGUAAUGGAUGUAAAAAAAAAAAAAAUAAAAAAAAAUUGUACUAACAAAAACUAAAACUACUUUAAGUCCUGGCUAGUCGGCUUCAUGACUAAUAAGACAAGUUUCCAAUCCACCAUAAUUCAAAUAAAUAGAAAUGUGUAUGUCUCAAGAACAAUGGGGAAAAACAGACAAAAAAUAUAUUUUAAAAAACUAAACGAAACAAAAAAUGGUGCAUCAUAGUGAGGGCCCUAAACUCAAGCUUGCCUAGGGCCCCCAAAUUGCUAACUAUGCCACUGUUUCGUGCAUUCUAUCUUAAUGGAGACCAAACCAGACCAAGUUACAGGUCAGAUCUGCGGAGAGACGACCCCGUUCACAGUCAGUCCUGUUUUUCUAGGUAUUUUUGAGCUAUAAAUCCACCUGUAAUUGAAUAAAUGUAAAGUAGAGCUGUUUAAUAUCAUACUGUGGAACAUUCUAGACAGAGCAAUGGCAUCGCCAUAGAAACAAGCAGGUGAUGGAUGGACCCUCCACCAGAAAAGUUACAUAAUGCACCUUUUAAAUAGAAAGUGUCAUAUUUUUCAUCAACAGUGAUUUAACUCAUGGAUCACACUACUAAACUGAUUCUAUGUGGAAAUUAAAAAUAUAUAUGAGCCUAUCAUAUUGACAUUAAAGUUGCACUGUGCUUGCUUAUGGAAUGUUCCACAGUAUGGCAUUAAACUUACAGCAUCUGCCUUAUUUUACUAUGCAAAGGCUCUCUAUAAAUCUGCCCGGCAACUUGUCUCCAUUGUGAUUUAUUUAGUAGUUUAUUUCCAAAGCAAUUACAUCUCCAUGGAGACAAGUUGAUGGCAAACACCACCAGAAAAGUUACACAGUGCACCUUUAAACCAUUAUAGUUAUAUUUUAAUUGAUUUUCCAAGUUUUGAACGUGCCUUUAGUUUUUUUUCUAAUUUACAUGACCAUUUAUGUGGACAUGUUAACCUUUUUCUUGGUCUUUAAUCUACAAUCUUUAUGAUUAUUAUUAGAGUUUACAUAUUAUUAUAGAUCUCAUGUUUACUCUUCAGGCCUCUUCUGUUGUGGCCCUGGGUGGAUUUUAUGUCAUAAUGAACUACUGUUAGUGGUGGCGGUUAUGUUUUGAAUAAGUUUUGUUGCUGCUAAACAAAAGAGUGAAGGUGGACAUAUAAAACUGCACUGGUGUUUCAAAGUGCGUGUAUUUUAGACAGUGGUGGAUGAAGUACUCAAUUUUGUUACUUAAGUAAAAGUACAGAUACAAGGGCAAAAGAUUAGUCAAGUAAAAGUAAAAGUAUCACAUGAAAAAAUUUGCUUAAGUAAAACUAUCGAUGUAGUUCCUGUAUUUUGCAGAGAUUUUUAGAAUAAUUAAAGCAUCAAAGGUAAUGAUUUUGAUAAUGAAUUUAGCAGAUUUUAAUUAAUCUUGCUCAGGGGUGUCAAACUCGAAUUCACAGAGGGCCAAAAUUAAAAACUGUAACUAAGUCAUGGGCCAAACUAAAUAUUUAUUGAAAAAAAAUUCAACAACAUCUGCAUGUUUUCUCUUCUUUCGAGAUAUGUAAUGUUAAACCUUUUCUUAUUAAAAAUAAAUGUUUAAUAAUAGUUUUUCUUAAACACUGAAUCCAGAACAAGCAAAAUAUAAAAUAAUAACAGAAUUUUAAACAAAUAUCUCUUUAGUCUAUCUGUAAACGGCGGGCAGCUCUAAUAGAUAUUUGAUAUGAUUUCACGGGCCAAAUAUAAUUAUAUCGCAGGCCAAAUUUGGCCCAGGGCCUGAGUUUGACAUGUCUGCUCUAGCUGCUUUUGUGUAACUGGUUUGCUCAAAGUUACACAAAUGAAAUGCAUUAAAAAUAAGUCAUUUCAGCAGGUCUCAAACCAUAAAGAAAAGUACGUGUGAUUAAAACUAAAAUGUACUUAAAGGUGCAUUGUAUAUUUUUUUCUGGAGGGUCCAUCAAAUGUUUUUUGUGGAGAUGUUACAGCUUUGUCUGUAAUGUUUCACAAUAUGGCAUUAAGCCUUUCUAUCUUCAUGGAGAUCAAACCAAAAUCAAGUUACAGGUCAGAUCUGUGGAGAGGCAACCCUGCUCACAGUCAGAAUACCUGUUUUUCUAGGUAUUUUUUAAUGAAUAUAAGGUAGAGGUUCUUAAUGUCAUACUGUGGAACAUUCAAGCAGAGAAGUGACAUAUCCAUAGAAACAAGCAGGUGACUCACUCGCAACCAAAAAGUCACACAAUGCACCUUUAAGUAAAGUACACAUACCUACAAAUUUUACUUUUAUUUUUGUACUUCGUUACCUUCCACCACUGAUUUUAGACACGUAUUUUAUUGUAUGCUGUGGUGAUGUUUGUACGUAUCAUGCACUAAUCUAUACUGAAAGUAUAAAAUGUAACUGUGAUUGAAUGGUGAUCAUGAAAAUAAACGCGGCCUACGA